UAUCGCACUUGGCUCUCGUGCGCUGGUCCUCCAGCAGAUUUUCCCUUUUCGUAAUCUCCUGUAACAUUUCAGGUGAAAUCAGUACGAUUGUUGUGAAAUUCCACGAGAAAACGAGUGAAACGUAAAUUCAAGUUUGAAUCAACAUCAGGAUAUUAGUGAAGGCAAUGGAGUAUGCGUAAAGCGGGUGUUCGCAGUUAAAAACCAAACUGAUAUCACUUUUGGCAAACGAAAAUGAGAUCGCCAGAUAUAAAGGAUUUACCAAGUAAUGACUGCAAGCUACCAGAGUGUGCUGCUGCAAUCGUGAAGUCGGAGCCAUACGAAGUGUCAAAGAUAAGAGAGGCCUUGCCACAAUUUUUCGCCGUUGGAGCUAAAAAUCUCCUUCUGCUUACUUUUGGCACAAGCCUUGGCUUUCCCACAAUACUCAUUCCCGAACUGCAAAAGAAUACACCGGUCAUACCGGUUACACUCGACGAAGUGACAUGGAUCGGCAGUAUAAAUUUGUUCCUGGUGCCACUGGGUGGUUUCAUAAGUGGUCCUAUAUCUCAGAGACUGGGCCGACGACGAGCCAUGAUGAUUUCAACGCUGCCGUUCAUCGUCGCCUGGCUUAUCUUUUAUUACUCGCACAACGCUACGAUGCUGUUCGUCGCUCAGGCACUGACCGGUCUUACGGGUGGUUUGCUCGAGGCACCCGUACUGACGUACGUCGCCGAGGUGACGCAGCCGCAUCUUCGAGGACUGCUCUCCGCGACUUCGACUAUGGCCGUUAUCUGCGGCGUCUUUUCGCAAAUGCUUACAGGCAGUUUGGUCGACUGGAGGACUCUCGCACUCAUUAAUAUUUCUUUCCCCAUCGUCUGUCUUUCGGCCUUAUACAUGGUGCCGGAAAGUCCGACUUGGCUUGCAGGCAAAGGUCGACUAGCUGAAGCGGAGAAAGCUCUAUGCUGGCUGCGAGGAUGGGUCAGUCCAGAGUACGUAAAAUACGAAUUCGAGAGUCUUCGCGAAGAGUUUGAGAAAGCAGUGAGGGUCAAAGCCACGAACUCGGCCGCUUUGGAAAGUAACUAUCCCGAGAAGCCAGAGCCCGUGAGAAAGUCUUGGCAUGCGUACUUGCAAAGAACCUUCUAUCUGCCGUUCGCUCUGGUGACCUUUGUAUUUUUUAUCAAUGCCUUCGGCGGAAUCAUGGUACUGCAGGUAUUCGCCGUGAUAAUCCUCGAAGCGCUAAACACACCGAUCAACAAAUACCUGGCGACCGUGUACGUGGGCAUGGGACAGGUCAUCGGAACCGUCGUCUGCGUCUUCACCAUUCACUUUAGCGGCAAGCGCAAGCUGUCCUUCGUCUCGGUCUUCUUCACCGGACUCUCGCUGCUGCUGCUGGCUGUCUACGGCUUCUUGAUAAUGUACGACGACAUCGACAGCACGCGCUACACUGUCAUUCCGACGAUCCUCGUGGUGUCCGCCGCGUUCUUCUCCCAUCUGGGACUAAAAAUGUUGCCGUGGAUACUUGCAGGCGAAGUGUUUCCGCCGGACGUGAGAAGCGUAGCUACGGGCUCGGCUGGCUCGAUCGGUUACAUAUUCUCGUCGAUAGCUAACAAACUCUUCCUCUACAUGAAAAUGAGCAUGACUCUGCCCGGCACUUUCCUCUUUUACGCGGCAGUCAAUUUCGCCGGCGUUAUCGGCUUGUACGCGAUGCUACCCGAAACCGAAGGUCGGACAUUAAAAGAAAUCGAGGAUCACUUUGCUGGAAUACAAAAGCUCAAGCACAGGCCGGCCAAAGAGGAUUUGGCCUACAGAGAUAAGUGGGCUGCCACAAAUCCUCAGCCAGUCUCCGACGAUUUUGAAAGUAGGCUGUGAAAACUCGCCAUUUUCUCCCUUAACUCUCUAUGCAUUGGAGAUUCCGUCGAAAAGCACGCACAAAUCCUUGAAAUCCGACUCAACUUUGUAAACAUUCGGUGCGUCAUCGCUGUAGCGCGCUAUGGGCAAUACGAGCAGGUUCUCGUUACAAAGCCAGUAUGUAAUUAUAGGGUGUCUCAUGUCUGAUUUACAUAGUCACGAAUUUCCAGAACUAAAUUUUCUCGAGUAUUCCUAUCGAUAUUUCUGUCCAUUAUUUUGCAAUGUAGCAUUACCAAAAUCAAAAUUACAACGUUGUGAUACGCCGAUUUGUAGGAAUUCACAGGAAUUACUUUAAGCUCGCUUAUAAUAGAUUUCGAUCAGACUGUAGAACCUAAUAACAGUAUCAUUAAAGUAAACUAGAUUGUAACCAUAUUUGUUGAAUAACUCAAAGCGAAGUUAUCAGUUUAGUAUUAAUGUAAUCACUAGUAUAUUCUGUUUGACAAUGUAAAAACUACGUGAUAUUCACGAUUGAUGAAUGAUUACGAAAUUUCCGUUGGUGAACUAUAAAAUGCAGACAAUUAUAUCCAUAUUCACCUCAAAUUACUUUUGAACAUGAUAUUAAUAUUGCACAUUAUCUGUAAUAAAUAUAAGUACAAGUAUUAUGUUUUCAGACUCAGUAAUGUAUAUAAAUGUACAUUUAACUUGUAAUUUUUUAAUAAAUUUAAUGUAACUAUAUAUUUCUACAU